CUAAUUUAGAAAAUAAUCUCACAAGAGGAGAAAAAGAGCGGUGGGAAUGGAAGCGACGGCGAAGCAGAACUUGGCGAAUCGGCUUCUUGCCGUGAAGAACAAAUCCGGCAAGACGUACGGCGAGAUUGCGAAGGAGACCGGUCUGACCAACGUCUACGUGGCACAGCUCCUCCGCCGCCAAGCCCAGCUGACACCCGACGCCGCCGCGAAACUCCGGCGAGCUCUACCGGACCUCUCCGACGAACUCAUCGACGAGAUGAUGACUCCUCCGAAGAGAUCCUACGAUCCCCACCUCAUACAAGAACCCACCGUCUACAGGUUGAAUGAAGCAGUGAUGCAUUUCGGUGAGAGCAUCAAGGAGAUUAUCAACGAAGAACUCGGCGAUGGCAUUAUGUCGGCGAUAGACUUCUACUGCUCCGUGGACAAGAUCAAAGGAGUGGACGGGAAAGAUCGCGUGGUCGUGACCUUUGACGGGAAGUAUCUGCCUUAUACGGAGCAGAAAACAGAGAACAUGGUCUCGAGGCUAAGCCUAAGAGGAAGCAGCAGCGAAUGACCCAAACCAAAAGGCCUUGCUGUUGUGUCACAGCGAUAAGAUCUGAAGCUUGAUUUCUAUAAGAAUGAAUAAAUAAAAAAAGAUACUUAAAUUCUAUACAUUAUACUUUGUUUGGAUGCUUAGUUUCUGUUCACAGAAUUUGCCAUUCUCCUUUAAUACACUGAGAUUCAGUUUUUUUUUU